UCCUACACAGACAGCUCCGAUGACGAGGUGUCCCCCCGGGAGAAGCAACAAACCAACUCCAAGGGCAGCAGCAAUUUCUGUGUGAAGAACAUCAAACAGGCCGAGUUCGGGCGCCGGGAGAUCGAGAUCGCGGAGCAAGACAUGUCUGCUCUGAUUUCACUCAGGAAAAGAGCCCAGGGGGAGAAGCCUUUGGCUGGAGCCAAGAUCGUGGGCUGCACCCACAUCACGGCCCAGACCGCGGUGCUCAUCGAGACCCUCUGUGCCCUGGGUGCCCAGUGCCGCUGGGCCGCCUGUAACAUUUACUCCACACAGAACGAGGUGGCUGCUGCCCUGGCAGAGGCUGGGAAUUACUAUUUUCAGGGAGUAUCUUUUCGGGAGGGAUGGGCAGGUGUGCCCCUGUCCUGGGCUGUGCUGUGACCCUGGCACGGCCCUUGCCCCUGUGUCCGUGUUUUCC